CUGUCAAAGGUGUGCACAUACAGGUAGCACUACAUACUAGUGGUCAACACACCGUGGCCUCCCUCAGUACGAGUACGCCUGGAUAGCUGUAGGGUGCUCUGCGAGAACGCACGCCGCUUCACAAAGAACUCGGUACAGCACAGCUUUAACGGAAGAUUUACAGCUUAGAGAAUCCUCCAACCUUACCUGGAGUGCUACAAGAUGGGUUACCGAACGGGUCUGUUCGUGUUGGCGGGCCUGGUCGCACUGACGUCCGCCCACAUUCGCCUGACGUUCCCGCCGGCUCGCCGCUUCGCCUUCGACUUCUUGGACAACACUCGAACCCGCGCGCCCUGCGGCGUCGGACCUGGAAUGGGCCCGAUGACGACCUUCCUGGCCGGCUCCACGUUCAACGUCACCUGGCACAUGGCGUACGCGCACGUGGGAGGGAUCCGUCUGGAGAUCUUGAACAACACCGGACCAGACUUUAACGCGACCACGGACGUCCUGCGGGUGCUGACCCCUGGGGACGGCUGGGCCGCCGCGCACGACGCCACCGUGCAGAGGUACGAGCUGACCCUGCCGUCUGACUUCACCUGCGACCGCUGCACUAUCCGGCUGCUCCGCCAGGCGGGAGAGUGGCGCCUCACAAACGGGAACGACUACAUCUUCUGGAGCUGCGCUGACGUCACUAUCGUCCCAACAGGCAGCCCAACGUGCCCUGGCGGACAGUGUGGGAACAGCACCUGCCGUAGGCUAUACAGCGGAGACAGAUGUCAGUACAGAGAUGACUGCCUGAACGCCUCAGACUGCAGCGGGAACGGCGUGUGCGUGAAUGUGGACUCCACCUCGUACCCCAAGAAGCAGUGCUACUGCCACAGUGGCUACUUUGGACGCGACUGCUCGAAAGAGUCCCCGCUGACUGCGAUCCCCUCCAACUUCCGCGGCUACUACCGCCGGGAACUCACGAACGGGAUGGACAUGUACUGGAAGAUCCUGACGAUGGACACUGGGAACGAGAUCGAAGUGGCCCUGCAGGUAGAGGGAACGACAUGGGUUGGUCUGGGAUGGAGACCACAAGGUUUGACGGCCUCCUGCCGUAACUUCCCCGUGACCUACUUCAGCUCGGACCCGCAGGCAGAGCCGGAGGCAGAGGCAGAGGCUACCCCAGAACCAGAGGCAGAGCCGACACAGGCACCUCAGAACCGAGGCCGCCGGGCUGUCCACCAUCUGCGCUUUCCCCGGGCGGAACCCUCGGCUGAACCCGAGGCCGAACCCGAGGCCGAGCCAGAAGCCUUCAUCCCAUGGCAGUGCCGGGCAAACGGAAGUCGACCGGAGCCUGAGCCCGAAGGCGAACCCGAACCCUCGGGCGAACCUGAACCCUCGGGCGAACCCGAGGGCGAGCCUGAACCUUCGGGUGAACCCGAGCCCGAGGGCGAGCCAGAGCAAGGAGGGGGAGGCCUCCACGCUAUGGACUGUGUGGACAUGGUGAUCGGCACAGCGAUAGGGAACACCCACCGUAUCGGGGACUACUACACCCGGGACCGGUCCACACCGCAGAUGGACCGCUGGUAUAACGGCAGGGACAGCCUCACCGCCGCCUACGGAGAACAGCGGGACGGCAAAACAACCAUCAUGUUCCGCAGGAAACUCAUCAGCAAUGAAGACCCAGACCACAGUUUCUACAAUGCUCCGAUGCACUUUAUCUACGCCCGUGGCCAGGAGUACGGCAUGUACGUUCACAGACCAGGCUCCGCGGUGGAGAGCUGCAACGCCACGGACUACAUGUUUUACCGCCGGGAUGAACUGAAGUACCACGGCACCUCCCGAGCACAGAGGGGCGCCGCUACUUUCAACGUCUUCGAGGACCCGAACCAGGCCGGUAUCGCUGGAGACUGCCGCGGACGGUGGAGUUCUCCCGCCAACUGCCAGGGCCUGGCCUGUGACCACUCCGUGUCCUGGACUUACAACUCCCGUACUGACAAGGUCGACUUCCAGAUCCAAAGCAGGCAGCCCAAUGACAGGUGGGUCGGGAUCGGAUUCUCCGAGGACAGAAGCAUGGCCCAAACUGAUGCCAUUGUCGGCUGGGUGAAUGGCGACGGUGACGUGUACGUCAGUGAUAGGUUUGCAACUGGAUAUUCCCGCCCGGGCGAGGACUCCACAGAUGACAUUGAGAAUCCUCAAGGCUCGUUCACGGACGGCAUGGUCACUCUCAGCUUCACUCGCAAACGGAACACGGGUGACAGCAACGACCGAGCCUUCACGGACAGCAACUGCCUGUACAUGUUCUACCCGCAAGGGGGCAGCUAUAACCACGCAGAGGAGACCUUUUCCCAGCACGCUAACACCCCCAUCAUCAGCUCACAGAGGAUCUGCAUCCGGGCUUGUGGAGCAGGUGGAGGUCCUGUUGGUGAAGGGUCCACCGUCAAGCCCUCUGCUGCCGUCCUUCUGACCCUGGUACUGGCCAUAUGGGGACUACUGAAGUAGUGACCAGCCAACACACGGACCAGUCAACACACUGGACACUCAACAAUAAUUAGCACAACAGCAACUCGCUAAAACUUUCAUCCUAACCAUGGAAGGAAGUUUGACACAGUACCAUACCAUACAAACACCAUACCUAUUGAGUGAUGCAAGUAAUAGAGUACAAACAAUAUUUAGAUAAUAAAAAGUGAUUAGUUUUCUAAGGGUGAGGUCACAUAGGUCGUGCGAUUUUGAUGCUUUUUGUGUACCAAGGCAGAUGAAAUUUGCAAGACAUGUACAUGGCUGUCCUCCAAAAUGCCCGAAUGUAGCAAUCGUACGACCAUCGCACGACCUAUGUGGCCACGCCCUAUCCUGAUACUAUCAGGCGCUUUGCCAGUUUGAUCAGAUGUAUAUUCAGAUGGAUUUUAUCCCGGUGUGACAUUUAUGUUCUCUCUUAGAUGCGUUAAGUUAGUUUUACAUGCUGGAACAUGGACCAAAUGAAAAUGAAAUACCUUGGAAGACAGUGUUAAAACUAGUCAGUCCAUUGAAAUCCCAUUGAUGGUAAGGAGAGAGUUGGUACAGUUGUAUCUCAUGUUGUGCUUUCUUUGAGCGCCAACAUCGCAUUGGUACUGAUAAUAGUGUCAUGGCAAAUGAUAUAUUGUGAACAAAUUAAUUAAUGUAGUUCCAAUGACUGCUUUCAAUGUAGAUAGAAAGAUACUAUAUAUUUGUUACUUAGAGGGCACAAAGAACUGAAAUGUAAGAAGCAGAUUCAACUGAUUUCUAUCAGUUCUAUUCUGAACAGGAAAAAUGCCUUGAACUAUCAAGAGAAAUCGAAUGUAUAGAGGAAAGGAAAAUAUCAGAUUAUCAAAUCAGACAUCAUAUGCUGCGUUGUGUAUAGAAACAGACAAGUUUACAUUAAAUAUGAUAGUGUGUUACUCAAGUUUACAAAAGGUGUAUGAACUCUUACUUGCAUACUUAACUACAUUUCAUACAUUUGUAAAAACAACAUGCACCAAGUGGUCGUGGAUAGUUAUGUAUAUAACUAACUACAUCUACAUGUAUGAUUGUCCUACGUUCAUCAUUUGAUAUUUUGGCUGUUUUGUAUGCAUUUAAGGGCGAUGCCUUUGUCGUUUUUACUGCUGGUUAUUUAACUGGAGUUAUAAGUAUUUCAUCAUCUUAUUGACAACUGUCCCUCUAAGUUUAUAGUGAACACAGUGUUUAUGGAUUAUCUAGUUAAGAUGCUAUCCAUACUUUUAAGAUUUCAUCGUUUUCAUAACUGUAUAAAAUGUUGAGAUGUACUGAGGACGCUUGGAAAACGUGCAUGUACAUCAGAUCAUGUAAUAAAGGUAACUAAUACCUAUUAUGCG